AUGGGCGGUGGUAGAGAGGAAUUCGGAGGGGUUGAGAGGGAGUCCGUGGGUGUGGAAGAGGGGGGGAUGAGGAGACCGAGGACGAGUGAGGGAUGGGCGGAAAGAAGCCGAGUGGAGACAGAGGAAGGGGGGGCGCCGUGGAUGGGAGGCGGUGAGAGGGGGUCGAGAAGGGUGCUUAGGGGUUCUGCAGAUGGGCUGGAUGCAGACAGUCGCACAGAGAGGGGGGGGUUGGAGGAUGGUGUAAUGAGGCAUGGGGAUACGGGCGCUGAGAUUCUGGAGGUGAGGCGGGUAGGUGGCACGGAGGGGGGGUCGCGGCGGGAUCAGUUUGGCUCUGAUGGGGACGUUGGGGCGGAAGUAAGAUUUGACUCUCGUGCUUUGAUGCAGAGUGGUCCCCGCACGCUGCAGCGGCAGCAACUGCCAGGGUUUAGGGAAGAGCUGGGAGGACGGGUAGGGGGAGGGGGAGGAGGAGGCAGGAUUGGAGGGAGUUUCAGUGAGAGGAGCACUGGUGGAGGGAGCUUCAGGGAACGAGAGGUGGGAGUAGCAGAGGUGGGAGGAGCAGAGGUGGGAGGGGGAAUUGGUGGGGUGAUAGGAGCGGGUGAGGAGGGAUUGGUGAGUCUGGAACGGCUUCCAGAGCUGACUGCUGCUGCUGCUGCUGCUGCAGCUGAGGGUGUAGGGAAGGGGAAGAAGGUGCGGAAGGUGGUGAAGGGAGCAGCAGGUAGUGGCAAGGGAUUGACUGGGAAGGUUAAAGGGGUGAAGGGGGGAAAGAAAGGGAAGGAUGAUUCUGUGGGGAAAGCAAAGGGCAAGGGAUUGGGUAAGGGGGUGGGGAAAAGAGCAGCAGUGGGAGAUGAAUGUGGGGAGGGGGUGGACGGAGCGAGUGGGUGCAAAGCGGUCAAGAAGGGUGCGGGUGUUUUGAAGAAAGUGGGGAGCAAAAGGGUGGGGAAGAAGAAGGGCAGGGAUGGAGUGGGAAGUGAGGCAGAAGGGGAGGGUUUACCUGGCCGAGGGCAGCAGCAGCUGAACGGGAAGCCCCUGAGUAGCCUGCGGCUGGGGGGGUACUGUGUUCUGCUGGCUGAAGAUACAAUGGUGAUGCGACGCCUGGCCACAAUGAUGCUGGAAAAGAUGGGAGCAGCGGUGGUUGCAGUGGAAGACGGGCAGGCAGCGACCGAAGCUGUGGUGGAGAGGGAAAAGCAGGUGGCGGCAGGGAGUGCAGAGCCGUUUGAUGCGGUGAUUAUGGAUUGUCAGAUGCCGAGGAUGGAUGGGUACGGGGCGACGAGGUGGAUUAGAGCGCGGGAGAAGGAGGUGGGGGAUGGGAGGCAUUUGCCGGUGGUGGCGCUGACGGCGCAUGCGAUGGCGAGUGAUCGGGAGCAUUGCUUGGCGUCGGGCAUGGAUGAGUAUUUGACCAAGCCGGCGAAUGCGGCGCAGCUGGUGGCGACGCUGCAUAAGCUGAGUGGGUUUCAGUGGCGCUGGCUGCUUGGUGCAGCUGAUUGGCGAAUUUCAUCAGGAGCAACGCGGUGUUUGAUGUGGCAACGUCGCAAUGAGCUUGAAAGCAGCAACAAACCAGGACUUAAAAACCACCAUUGCUGCAAGCGGUGUGGGGCACAGGUGCGAGCUACGCACAUUGGACAUUCAUCACAAGCAACCUAA